AAAAACGAGAACACAUGAUCACAAGCAUGAUCAUGUAACUUAACAAACAGAUAUUCUAUCUUCAGGCAAUGCUGACAAGCAGAUAAUGGAUGGAAAUGUCAAAAUCACAAGAAGAAAAAUGUGAAACACAGGACUUCACGUCACAUCAUCUCCUACAAUCUAUUCCAUAUUUCCCAAGACCAGCAAAAUCAAAGUAUAAUCCCAUGACUUAUGCGGCCUAGCCCGAUUUCACCCGUUUGGUCAGAUCCAUGUAAAACUUGACAUGUCGUCUUCAAAUUCUUUUCGCAAUAUCACUUGUACUUCAUUCAAUGAGUCCAGCGAAAUUUCCCGCUGGCAAUGGAGAAACUUACAUGUGCGAUGAAGUACAAAUUGAAUCCGUAGGACGAAGAAGACAACGAGUUGACGCCAUGUGAAUUGGCAAUAAAAUCUCACGGAACAGUGUCUACCAAAUGAGAAGAGAGAAAACACGAGACGCAUCUAACCAGAAAGCACGAACGCGGUCUCCGCUUUCCGAAAAAGCAAAAAGCCUGCCCCGAGAGUCUAUUUAUUCCUCUCCUCACCUCUCCCUCGUCUCCUCUACGAAGCCAUGGCCGCGCGAGCGAGGCCCGUUAGUCGUGACCGCCGCUCGCGGACCGUUUUGCCAAUAGAACGCGGCAAUCGAUCAAAAGUUGGCGGGAUCUCUGAGCCGCGGUGGGCCCGCGCGCCUCCUGCAGGGUGGGCCGGGGAAGGUAGUAUCGUGAGAACUGACUGUCCAGGACACUCCGAGGGUAACGAAACCGCGUCUGGGAUACAUCCAGCCGUGGUUAGCAAUACACAGGCUUUCUUGUCCCGUAGCGCCGUCGCCUUUCCUCUUAAAAUUUGAUAGAUCAAAAAUAGAACCGUAUGGAGGAAUAUUCUGCUCGAAGGAAGACGUCGCGUAUGGUAGAGAGGAG